GUCUCUUCUUCUGCGAACGCUCUGGGCCAAUCGAAGUGUCCCGGCGAGUGUCGAAUUAAUGUGCCGAGCACAUCGGUAUGCAUUAUUGUGCAACAGGAGCCAGCGCAAUGCCUAAAAAUCAAGGAAUGUACACUAAAUGAGAUGAACUGUGCAAGGAGGCGACAGAAUAUACCACUGCUGAGCAGAUCGAAAAUCGAACGUUGCUCUCUCAUAAGUGGCACCACUGGCAGCGGACGUUGCAGCGUCAUCAAAAAUUGCCAGAAUAUAAAAUGUGUCAACGAUAAGGUGGUUGGCUGCCAAAAGGUCGGCAAGCAGUGUCGACUAAUGACGAUCUGCGCAGCCCGAAAGGAAAAAUGUGCUCGUGCGCCGAAUAAUCAAAUGCAGAGCGUUCGCGUUGGAGCUUGUAGAGGUUUCAAACUCACCGAGGGCUUCAAACCAUGCACACCGUUUAGAAGGAAGAAGAAGAAGAAGACCUCAACCAGAAUUAAGAAGUUACUCAAAGGUUGA